UCAAACAAGAUUUUGAAAACUGGGGAUUCUGCACGGUUCAAGACGCCAUUAGUCAGUGGCCACAAUUUUUUUGCCGCUUGUUACAAGUGUGUUCUGCAUCGGACAAAAAAAUUAAUGCGCGUAAAUGAAAUAUUGGAUAUUUUAUCGAAAGACGUUGAUGAUGGCACUAAGGCAAUUGCACAAUUAUGUUUGCUAUCGUACAUGAUUCCACCAAAAGGUAGAAUUCGCACUAGUAAGGGUCACUGGAAAUCUUCUAUGUCUGAAUCGGAAGAAAGUCUUGUUGCACAUGUCAAGGUCGCUGCUCAUGUUGCUAGUGUCCGUGAAAGUCGUGUUAAUGUGAUGAAUUUACAGAAGUUGACAGUGCAACCAUAUAUUAUUGUCGUAGGACCAACUCUCGACAACAUUAAAGCAUAUUUCGUUUCCAUCGACUCAAUUUUAUACAGUGUACCAACAGCUUUUGAAGCUAUUGAUGUUUGUUUCAAAUCAUUUCACGUCUUCGCAGCGACUUACCCUCCGGCAAGUGAACAUAUAUGGUAUUUAAUUCAACGUGAACUCUAUAAUUUUUCGACAAAAUUUGAUCGACCUAUCGGAUAUAUAAUAGAAAUAAUGACUGCGUUGCGUGCUAUUGGAGAAACAGAAGAAAUUUGAGAACUUAACAUUCGAGAACUUAACUUAAUAGUUAAGUACAUGCGAGAAUCAGGUCAAAUAAUUAACUAUACGUGAUCAGUACACGCUUAAUUUAUUUCGUUUUUUUUCCAACAAAUACUACGUAUCAAACUUGAUUGAUGAUAAUAAAACUUUAGAUAGUCACUAUAUAUACGUUUAUUAAAAGUCAAUUUCGUAAAACAAAAUAAAAUAUUAAAAUAUUCUUUUUUAAAGUUUUAAUAAAUAAAACAAAAAUGUAUUAUUGCCCUUUUUGUGUUGAAGCUGUAGCUUCUUUAAAGCUUUUGAAAGGACAUUGCAAGUUAAAGCAUUAUAAAAAAUGUGUAUCGACAUUUACAUGUCGCCAAGGACCAUGUUCUCGUCAAUUUAGCGACAUAUACUCAUUUUUUAAACACGUGUCGCGGAAACAUAUCGCAAAAACAAAUAUCGAAGAAAAAUACGUGAAAAAUAAAAAAAUAAAUAUCGACAAGAAAUCUGAUACGUCCAAAGUUGAGCAAUAUAGCGUUGAAUCACCGUCAUUUGCUAAAUCUAUUGCUACAUCAGAAAAUGAAAAUGGGAAUAAGAAUUUUUCCAAUAUUUCAGUUGAACAAUUUGCAGACAGUGUAGCUAAAGCUUCCGCUUCUUUCGUAGCUAAAUUGUAUGCAAAUUUAUCUUUAACACGUUCGUUUACCCAAGAAAACAUUCGAUCCAUUGCGCACCUUUUUCAAUGUGUAAAUAAUCUUCGAGAAAAGUAUCAAGCUAUUUCGCCACAUGUAGACCCUGAUUUAAUAACAAUGUUCAAAUUGUUGAAAACGCUUUUCAAGAUUAUUCAUCUGAAUAUCAUGUAUUACAAACAUUUAAAAAUAUCAAUUGCUUAAUAGAACCAGAAGAAGUACCUAUUAACAUAACGUUUAAGCCUAAAUUGAUGAAUCAUAAGCGACAAAUGUGUGUAACGUAUCGAAAAAUUUGUGUUAUACCUCUGAAAAAGAUUUUUAAAAACGUUCUAGAACUACCGGGGGUAUAUAAGUUUCUUCUUUCCUACAUUACAAAAUUAAAGCAAGAGGAUUCAGUCACAAACCAUGUACAGGGCAAACUGGCGUUCAAUCGAGCGAAAUUACGAAAAUGUUGUAUUGCCAUUGAUCCUCUAUUUUGACGAUUUGGAAAUUAAUAAUCCCCUCGGGACUCAUCGAGGUAAACACAAACUUGACGCGGUGUACUGUACUAUUGGGUGUAUUCCUGAAAAAUACUCUAGUCAGUUGGAAAACAUAUUUCUAGUACAGCUACAUAAAUCUGAAGAUCACAAGGAAUGCGGAAACAAUUUAAUUUUUCAAAUAUUGUCGAGCAGAUUAAAGAACUUGAAACGGAUGGAAUAAUUAUUUCAACUGAAAGUUAUACAGGAAAAGUAAACUUUGCUUUAUUGCACAUUUUGGGAGACAACUUAGGUCUUAACACCAUUUUAGGAUUCACUACGAGUUUCAAUUCUAAUUAUUCAUGCCGGAUCUGUUUAGCAGAUAAAACAAUGUCACAAUCUCAAAUUGUUGAAGAUGUCAAGCUCAUACGAACGAUUGAAAGUUACCCGCUAGAUGUGACGAACCGCAGUAAAGGCAUUCAUGAAGAAUGUGUUUUUAAUUCAAUCCCAAACUUUCAUGUUCUUAAUAAUAUUAGUUUUGAUCCAAUGCACGACAUUUUCGAAGGAGUAUGUCGUUAUGAAUUGGGAAAAAUAUUGCAAAUAUUUAUCAUUGAUCAGAAAUUAUUUUCAUUAGAAACGUUAAAUCAUUGAAUUCAAUAUUUCGAUUACGGAUCGCAGGAUUCGAAAAACAUUCCGACUCUUAUAACAUUGGAUGCUCUUAAGAAAGGAUACAUUAUAUAUUCAGCAGCUGAAAUGACACACCACUUCUUAUAUUAUUUCAGAUUAUUGAUCGGUGAUUUAAUCCCAGAAAAAAAUCAGGUUUGGGAAAUUUAUAUACUUCUUCGUAAAAUAGUAUCAAUCAUCUUAUGUCGGGAAAUAACGAAUGAGAACAUUGGUUUAUUGUCAAAACUUAUGAUGCAACAUCACAAACUGUACCGCAAAAUUUCCAAUGAAAACUUAAAGUAUAAACAUCAUAUUUUACUACAUUACCCACGUGCUAUGCAGCUAACGGGACCUAUUCGAAAUAUGUCGUGCAUUCGAUUCGAAGUAAAACAUAAAGAAUUAAAAGCCACUGCCAAAGUUGUUACAUCUCGGAGCAACCCUCCUUAUACUGUAGCUCUCAAGCAACAACUACUGUUAAAUUAUCGAUUUAUUUCGCAAAAAGGGUUUUGUAAACGUAUCGAUAUGGGAACUAUGUUAUGUGAUAAACUGACAAAUAUAGACAUCUUCGAUAAUUUUAAAACUGUCGUGCCUUCUGAGCUCAUAGAUAAAGUCAAAUGUGUAUCGUGGAUAGAAGUUAAUGGUACGAAAUAUAAACCAAAUAUGAUUAUUCGUGUAGAUGGCGGUGAUCACAAUUUCGGUCAAAUUCAAUUUACUUUGAUUGAUGAUAAAAAUAAUACAUACUUCAUAUACAAAGUUAUAAAUACAGUACAAUUUGUCGAACAUUAUUAUGCCUAUAUGAUUACAGUAUCGAAUGUUUGGGGUUUUGUGCCUCAAACAAAAUUAGUUGAAUAUGCUCCGUUAAGUAUUCAUUUUUCUGCGGCUGGUACAAGUUAUGUUCCAAGAAUACCUUAGAUUAAUUUCUUAUUUUUGUUAUUAAUAAAAUAAGUUUAGUUAUAGUUUCAUAGAAAUUAGUUGCGUUUCAUAGAAAUUUGUGUAAGAAAACGUUGGAGAAAGAAUGAUAUAUAUUUCUUUAAUUUUUAUUAAAAUUAUAUAUAUUUAUGAUUGAAAAAGUGAAAAAACGGCAAGUUUAAACCUCAAAUAUCAAAGAUAUUUUAUAGUUUUAUUUUUUAUGAUCCUAAAACCAAUAAUUUUUAUCAAAUAAGAAUUUAAAUUUUGGCUUUCUGUUUUAGUUAUGUAAAAAGACUUUUCUUUUUUGAAAGUUCACUAAGAAGUACCUUAUAUGGGUAAAAUGUAGAGAAAUAAAUGAAUUAAACUAUAUUAUUUUCAAGUACUAAUGUCAUAUACACGCCAGGUGUAAAUAGCGUGUAAAUCAAGGAAAAGCUAGAGAAGCGAAAGUUGGCGAGAAGAUUGUCUAAUUCGAGAGAUUCCACAGAGUUAGCGUGUGUUAAAUAUAUCUGGAAAUCAAAUACACCCUUCUCUCUGAGUUACUUGCAAAUUACAAAUUUCUGAGCAAGACAAGUAGAAUCGCAAUCGGUAAAUUAGUAAUCACUAUAACGUAUACUCCGCCAUCUUGGAAAAUAACGAAAAUGUUGCGACGUCAAAUAAUAACAAAAAUGUUUA